AUUUUAUUCUGUUUAUUUAUUGUUCAAGCAUGCAAUACCAAGGGCAAGAGAGUGUAUACAAUGCAAGCAUAUCACACAAAAGAAACGUGACAAUUACGUCCAAUGAAGUGCAAUAACCCUAUCAGGGCUUGCUAUCAGGGGAUACAUUCAGGGCAUGCUAUCAGGGCAUGCUAUCACAGAGCCUGACCGUAUUAUUGUAUAACAUGGCUGGAAGAGAGGAGUGAGAUUGAGCAGAAAGUGGAUUAUUGUGAAAAGGGAACAGUUCUAGUCACUUCUUAUUAUGAAAGUAUUCAUUUCCAGUCUGCCACGCUGAACUGAACGCCAUACUGAACAGGUUCUCUGCUGACUUGAAAGGCUGCACGAUUUUCGUGACUCUGUUCCCAUGUAACCACUGCACCCAGAUGAUCAUUCAGUCUGGAAUCCAUGAGGUUGUCUACUUGUCAGAUGAGAAAAAGGAAAAGGAUGAGGUGAAAGCAUCAAAGAUACUUCUGGAGAUGGCGGAUGUCAAAUACAGAGCAUAUGAAGGAAAGAUGGACCCAAUCAAGAUACAGUUUGCUCCAGGCUCCACUGAUAAUGUGGACCCAGUCCAGGAACAGCUUCUUCCAAGUUCCACUGAUGAUAGUGAUUACUGAAGUGUUGCGAGGUGAAUUUGUAUGUGAACUGCUGUCUCAGUCUUAGAUUCAUGGGCCACUCACUGAUCACAUUCUUCAAGUUUGUAAAAGCUGACUUUACUGAUUGUAACCAGACACAAACGUAGCAUCUUUUGCUUCAUCGUGCACAAAUUUUACUGAUUUCCAGCAUCCAUCCUCCCCGAGAAGGUGGUUAUCCUCCUAAUAUACUUUUUAAACCAAAGAGGCCCUCUUUAGGUGAUCUCUUUUGAUGAGAUUUGUUUUUUUUCAAUUUAUUCAUGGUAGUGUUUGGAUGGAGGUUGUUUUAUCUAUACGCUUUUACUUAUACUUUUACUUAUACUUAUACUAUCUCAGCGAAAACCAGCUGCCCUAUAACUCUCUAGCGUGAUGAUGUUGGUCCAAUCCCUCCACUAUAAAUCAGUUAAGCAUGACACAAAAGAAAAUAUGGAACUUCAUAAUAAUUAUAAAAAGACACUCGCCUUUUUGAUUGGUUUAAAUUGUGUCGUUUAAUUUUAUUUGGGAUAAUUUAAUUUGAUGUAAUAAUAAUUACAAAUAUCUGCUUAAAGUAGAGUAAAGAGUAGGGUCCACUGUACGGUUCCGACCAUGGCUUAUACACGUCUUUAUAAAUCACUAUCAGCUGCUGUGAUACUGUUCCACACAAAGGGAAAGUUGACCACUGGAAAAUGGAAGUGCUCCCUCUUUUCAAGCAGUCUUGUGGAUAGUUCUUGUCACCCGAAUAUACCUGCAUAGAUGCAAAUAUGAAACAGAUGCGGCAGUUCCACCGACUCAACCUUUCUCUAGAUAGACAUGUGAUAGAGAUAUUGCUUUUCCAGUAUACCUGAAAUGCUAUUUGGUAUCUAUUUAUUCUUUGUCAUUCCACAGUUGACUUAAAAUGUAAUUGCUAUGCUUCAUUGAACGUAAUUGUCACGCUUCUGUUGUGUAACAUGCUUGCAUUGUAUACACCCUCAUUCCCUUCGUAUUUCUUGAAAAAUAAAU